GUUUGUAUAUAACUAGGGGUGUAGUGUUUUGUAUUGUUUUGAAUCUCCAAUCUAUGUUUCCAAGAUUAUCAUACUUCUGACUGCUCCGAUAGUUGAGAAAUGAAUAACAUUGUUCCAUCCAUGGUGAAGGAGCGCAUUCGGCUGAUCAAACCAAGUCGUCCUCAAGCGCCGACUGAGUAUAAUUUACAGUACAAAAAAUGGCCGCUGCGCCCAUUUACUUUGGAUACUUUCCGCGUAGUCAAAAAACAACCGAAAAAAGAACUCAUAGAACAUAAAGACCCGAUUACACAACCUACCCAUGGUCUUUGCAAAAUGGGGAGCUUUAACUCAGACUACCCUUGUUCAACAGCUUCAUCGGAUGGUCUGCCAACGGCCGCAGUCGAAAAACGGCAAAACAAAACCAACGAUUCUAUUGUCGCGCUUCCUCCGUCAAUCGACGUGGGUGAAGUUAUAGACGAAAGUCUUUCUUCUACUUUGCGCACCCAAACUGCGAAAAUGCACGAACGACAACCUAAACAAAAAUCCCCACGAAAACCGGGCAAAUCCAGCGGAAAAUAUGCAAGUAAGAAUCGAGAGGGACGAAGCGGUUCAAGUUUUCAAGCAGUUGAGUCAUUCCCACUUGCCCCGGAAGAAGAGUUUUCAGCCAAGUUACGCCAUCUUACAGCGUAUUCGAAUAUCGCUUCAACCAAAGGCACAUUUUCUUCUUCUGGCACUUCUCAGCCACGUAAAGGCCGAAACAACCAAAGCCACCGCAGAAAACAUGCUUGGGGACGAGAAGAAGACCCGAAUAUUCGCACUGGCCACCAAGGUCACAGCAUUGAGCCUACAAAUACCAUACCAGGGCAUACUUCCCUGGUUUCUACGCCUCGUUCAGUUCCAAAACAACGAACAAAUGAUAAAUUGAGGUUAGGCGAUUUAUGCAAAGCAAUUGAUUCAAUGAACGAGGACGGUCGACAGUGGGCAUCAGACCAACCACCGAACACGGAGUACCUUCAGAAUCUUCCUUCUGACAACUCGCUGGAUAAAAUAAAUCCGGUGCGAAGUGAAUCUAUCAUACUGAAACCGUUUGAUCAACAAACCAACGACUUGCCAAGGACGCCUCAAAAGUCGUGUAAACAUCUUGUCAGUAAAGAAGGACGACGAAGCAAGCCUUUCUCAGUUGACUCUGUGGGGGAAGAUAGUUUAAGACAACUCUACAGCAACAUACCUCCGAACGAUUUGGAAACUCUACGAAAAACUUACAAAGGCUUGCUUGGCGCUGGCGAAGAACACGGAGAUGAUAGACGGAAACUCUUUGCAAGUUGUUACGACGACACAGAUCAUAUCAAAGAAACCUUUAAAAUCAAGCAGGGCUGGAACUCAAGUUACAGCAUUGAUUUUAAAAACUGGUACGCCAGUCAUUACGACGAUGUGCGAUCAAAAUGUGCAACUCAAACGAAUGAAUCAACUGAUAAAGAACAGCUUCUAACUGAAGGUCCCCCGUGCAGCGAAUGUCCUGUUUCUAAAUUACAAAGUUGCCCACAAGAUCAACUACAAAGCAGCGGGGCCGAAGAUCCGGAGAAAAAAGUAAACUUUCAUGGAAAAACACCGGACCCACGUGUUGCUGAAAGAGAUAGACUAAUAAAAGAAGCCGAUGAUAUCGAAGAAAAAGAAUUUCAAGCACUUUUUGGACCCAGUGGCAAAAUGAAGAUGAAUAUGACGUCAUCAAGUACUUUCAAAGCUCACAAACCUAAACCACCAGAGGCGCCAAUCUGGGCGAAUAAAACGAUCGUUUCACUGGGAAGCGGUCAUUGGAACUUGCCAAUGAACAAAGGAGAAGAAUGGAAAGUUCAAAUUCCCGAAGACUGUAAAGUUCCUGUUGGUCAAAAACCGGAAUACAAAAUAAGAGUCCACAAUGAUGCCAAAUCCUCAGAUGUUCCGAUGACAGACCUUGAAAGUAAUGAGAAAAAGACUGAUCGCACCAAUAGCGAUCCUUUUAUUGCUCUUUACUACCCUGAUAGAAGAACUACAUCAUCCUACGUGUCUGAGUAUAUGAGAAAAUUUCAUCGCUUCCCGGUGCAAAAGAAACGAGUUUUGGUUUAAUAUCAGUCAGUGUAAUAAAUUCAUUUGCCAAAAAAAAGCUGUAUAAAUAUAAAGUAUUAAUGUAAAUAAUAAAAAAGUCUUUAUCUAUAACGGGGUUA